AUGUCCACUCAAAAUGAAGCAGCAGUUGCGCCCGCCGCCGGUGCAGAGGAUAACUUGAAUGCGGCUGAACAGCACAAUCCAGUUAAUAUUAUCGUCGACCGAGCACUAGAGGGUUCAUCAAUGGCUCCAAAGUUCGGCCCCGCUAUUAAAACUUCCCUGGAAAGGAAUGGUUUUGCGACUCUCGGUCUGAUGGGCUCGAUGAAUGCAGAGGGUUGUAAAUUAAUAACUGACGAAGUGACAGCAGACUCUAAGAAUCUUGUGCGUGACACUGCUUUGGUCCUGAGCUCAUUAACUUCUAUGAUUAGAGAGGCCAAGCAGGAGCUGGAGUUCCUUUAUCAAACGGAACUCAACGAGGAGAAAGUGAGAACCCGUAAGGCGAUUGUGAAUUUGCCCAAGGUCAUUCGAGAAGCCCAGGAUUCCUCAUAUACCUUAUCCAUCGGGCCAAACUUGAUUGGGUCCGUGGCAUGUGUGAAGAAGGUGAUAGAUCAACCUUUGGCCUACGUUGAGUUGAAUGAGUUCCUGUUAGCGAGUCAUGCUUAUGAUGCCGACUUGGAAACGAUAACUACAGUGACUGGCGAA